AUGAAAGCAGUAGCGGGUGGCGAGAGCCAGGAGGCAUAUGAUACAACGGUGUCAAUAGAGGAACAACUGAAAGGGGAUGACAGCAAGCUAAAUAGACCAAGGAAAGGGAAACGGAAGGCGUCGAAAGGAAAAAACGACCCCAAUCCUGUGAUUUUGGGCGAAAGCCUCCAAAUUGUACCAACCCAUAAAUCCUCAGAGAUCCCUUCUUCCGUGGUUCACGGAUCGGAUAGAGUAACAAGGGCCAAACAAGUCGUCCAAAGCGCGAUUGCCACGGGUCGAAGCCAUUACCACGGGUCGAAGCUCGGGAUUAAAGCUGGUGAUUCGAGCAUUCCUUCUGCCGUCGCAGCAGACAUCCUUGCCGACGAAGCGGAAGCCGUGGAACUCGUCGCACGUGCGCGCGAAUCAGGCGGACUUUUUGCAUCGGCGCUGUCUGAAAUCGUUAAACGGAGCGCUUGGACCCAAAAUGUCGUUGCACCCACCAGAUACCGCGUCGGCCAAAUACCAUCCCUCCUGGAUUUGGUCAUCACCAAAGAAAGACACUUCGAUGAUCAGGUAACAAUUAACGCUCCACUGGGGCAUAGCGACCACUGUGUGCUGACCUUUGAUUUCAUCUGCUAUUGGGCCAGAAAUCCGAAACCUCAAACGUGGUUUCGGGACUUCUGCCGUGCAGACUUCUCACGAAUGCGCAUCUUCCUUGAACAAGUCACACUGGGACCAGCUCCCGUGGAAGAACUAUAUAGGACCAUUGUCCAGAAAGUUCACGAGGCUGACGCGACGUUCGUCCCAAGAAAACCAGCACGCACUCGGAUGAACCGCAGAUUGCCAAAAAGGAUUCGGCGACUUCUGAAAAAAAGAUCCCAACUCUUUUUCAAAAAGUUGACCACGGGGGACAGAGAAGAUGAGCUGGCAUUUCGUAAAAUGCGGAAUCGCUAUUAUCUGAUUAAACGCUCAGAGAUCGGAGUUUUCAGUGCGAACUUUCCUUCCAACAGAAUUGCACCUGCAUUCUGCACGUCGCCCCACAUCAUGACUUUUUACGAUAGUUUCCUUCGCGAUGUCUCAUUUGUUGAUUCUCUCACGCACACGAAUUUGAUGCUGUUCAUACUGUUAAGAGAGUAUAUACUAUCUGUUCGGCUGGGACAAUCAAUGUUUGAUGAUUCCGUGGAUGGAACCCCAAAAAUGCGAAUGUAUAUGUACUUUUACGAUUUACUUCGAUAUUAUGCCGCGCAUUUACUGGCAAUUCGAAAGCGAAAUAUUUCCGAAGCAGUGGAUAAUCUUUGUUCGUACUUUGAAACACGGAUGGCCUCAGAAUGGUCGGAUAAGGGAUUGAAAAAUACCUGUGCCUACAUGGCAGUCGCCUCAGCCAAUAUGCAUUUGUCGUUCGGUCAUUGGCUUCGCGGGAAAUGUUUGGAAAAGGAAGCCCUGAAGAAAUCGUUGGAAAGUGAAUCAGGUGCAUCACUGAAUCAUUUGAAGAUAACUCACAGUCUUCUGAACACGGACACGGCAUCCUUUCGCUACGAUAGUCAAAUUCCACAGCGAAUUAUCAAUCGGAUGCCAGUUGUUCCUUCUCUACUUCAACUCGCCUGUCACAAUGCUCCCGGCCUGUUUUUCAAUGUGUCUGCUAGAUAUAGCUACACUGUGGUCACUCUAUGGCUACCCUGCGUCAUCAAUGCAGAUUGUCUACAACCUUGUCCGAUGUCGGAUGCGGUCCUGUCCACCGCGUUUGCCGGUAUGAUCAAAGAGUUCAGCGCCGCAGGUGCGGUCAAUGAAGCAUUGAAUCUGGCCAACUGCGUGGAGACUGUGAUCUGCCGCUUUUCAGAAAAGUCCACAAUUCAUCAGGCCAGGCUACAAGUUGAACUGGAGCAAGCGUUGCGUUCCGGUGUUGAUUUGGCUCAGUGCGAUCGUCUGGUUAAUGCACUCCGUCUUUGCUGUCCCUGGGAAGCUGCACUUUACCAGGCUGAAGUCGAACGCCUCCGGGGCAACUGUGUGACUAGCCAUGAUCUUCUGCAGCACGUUGUACAAUCCGCACUUUCUCGUCUGAAAAGCGCCACUAUCAAGACUUCUGGCGCAGCUGACAGCUCCUCGACACCUCCGAACUCAUCCAUCACGUUCCACGUGGAACCGUUCUCCCACCUGAGUAUUCCGGUUUUCGACCAACAUGUCCCGCUGGGUGGGAUAGCCAGACUUGCCCAAAUCGCGGUCCGAGCACAGCUUGCUUUGGUCGAACUCCUCAUGUCAAUGCAAUUGUGUGCACAAGCCGACCAAAUUUUGGACGAGGCGCAAAGCUUGGCAGUACAGUAUAGACUUUGCGCAGCUGCAAACAAAGUUUGUCUCCUAAAACACGCUCUGCACACACUCUGUAGUGCUCCGUCCUCCGAGCCCUCAGUAGAACUUGACCGGGUUCUGUGUGAAGCGUUGCAUCAAUCGGACCACUCAACACAGUGGCGUUGUUUAACCUAUGCCAGUCGCCUUAGGCUUCGGACUUUUCGUAGUUCGACCGAACUUGGUAAUUGUAAGUGCAUCCCCACUUUCUGUAUCUAA